AUGGAACUUUUUUGUAAGGUAAGGCCUACUCCUUCGUUUCCUUCCCAAUUCCUCAUAAAAUCACUUUUCAGCUCGACUCCGAAACCUCGUUUCCCAUCAGAGACGUUUCUGCGCAAUUGGAUGAACCAAGGCUAAUAUAAAAUGUGGGUAAUGUUUCUGAAAAACUUCGAAAAACCCGAAUUCUAUCAUAUUCAGUUUUUUAAACUGCUCAACUUCUGGAGGUGAACAAAUCAUCCGAAUCGCUCUCCCCGAACCUAGUGUAAUUUUCCCCAGCUUUCUCCGCAGCCUGCACCGAUUCCUGAACCAUGGCCGUUGCCAACCCCCGCUCAAGUCUACACUAUUCCACCGCAGGUAACUUUUUUGCUGAAAUGCAAAUUUUUAUGAAAAAUCUUUAGAUGAAGGCAGAGCCAGAGGCUGCAUCAAUGUCCGAUAUUGCCACGCAGGUAAUUUUUGUGAGAAAUUGUGCAAGUUUUAUACAAAUUGUUUUUUCAGACCAAUUUUCGGGCAUACACAUCACAACCUUCUCAUUUGGGGAGCCGCACACCUCUGUAA